UUGAAGUUGGUCGAACAAAAAACACAAGUUUUUAUUUUUUGGCAACAAAUUCAUCUUAUGAAUUUUUACAUAACAAAACAUUAAUCAAGUUUAAGAAUCGACAUAUAAACUUGUAUAAUUCAUCACAUUUGUUUGUUUGUUUGUUUUAUUAUUAUUCAUCAAUUCAUUCCUUACACACCAACAAAAGAUUCAUGAUGAUGAAUCCUGUUUCGACUGUGAUAUUGUUGUUGUUGUUGUUGUUAACAAUAGUUGUUCGAAAUAAAAUCAAUGCUACAAAUUUGAAUUAUAUUAACAAACAUCAUUCGAUUUUGAAACGAUCCAUUGAUCAUGAUUUCGGUAUAUUACCCGAUGUUUAUCAUCAAAAUGUUGCACCAAUGCAAGAUGGUCAUCCUGUUCAGGUAAAAGUAUCGGUCAUUAUUUUGAAUUUGAAAAUUGGUUCCAUUUCUACACAGGAUUUUGAUGUAGAUAUUUUCUAUCAUCAACAUUGGAAUGAUUAUCGUUUACAACCACCAACAAAUAUCGAAGCAAUGACAAAAAUGAAAACAAAUGAUUCAAAUGUUGUACAAUAUCGUUUGACUGAUCGUUGGCGAAAUCGUCUUUGGAUACCGAAUGUUUAUUUUCGAAAUGCUGUUUCAGGUUCUAUAUCGAAUAUUCUGACGCCUACAUAUUAUUUUACUAUUACUAAUUAUACCGAAGUAUUUAUGGCUGUACGUUUAAGUUUAAAACUUACAUGUCAUAUGAAUUUCUAUAAAUUUCCAUUCGAUACACAAAUUUGUUAUAUGAAUCUUACAUCAACUUCUGAUGAUGCAAAUACUAUGCGUUUAUCAUGGAAUAUAUUUCGUAUUGGUAGUCAUGUUGAUGAAUCAGAAUUUACUGUAAUUCGUGUUGAUCAUGAAUCAAAUUGUUUAAAACAAUAUCGUUUUGGUUCAUAUUCAUGUUUAUAUGGUAGUAUUGUAUUUAAACGUAAUAUUGGAAAAUAUGUUAUCAAACGUUUAGUUCCAUCAUUCAUUAUUGUUAUAAUAACAUUUAUUGGUUUUUGGAUACCGACAAACAUAUCACCAGCACGUACAGCAUUACCAAUUACAGCAUUAUUGGCAUUAAUUACACAACAAAUUCAAUCUGAUCUUAAUGUAUCAUAUGUUUAUGCAUUACAAAUAUGGAAUAUUGUCUGUAUAAUAUUUGUAUUUGCAAAUUUAUUAGAAUUUGCAAUAGCAUUAUAUAUGAUACAUUGUGAUCAAGAAUUAAAAUCAAAAAAACAAGAUCCACCAUCAACACUUACAAUGUGGAAUGAUGGUAAAGAUAAUACUGGUAAUGGACAACAACAACAACAACAUCGACCAACAUUAAAACGUCGAAUGUCACAACAUUUUCAAACAACAACAAGACAUGCACAGAUUGAUGUUUAUGCACGUUAUAUAUUUCCAUUAUUAUUUUUUCUAUUCAUUUUAACAUUUACAUUAUUUGUAUCAAUUGAAUAAUACUUGAAAAUCGAUUUAUCGAUGAUUUUAACUAAUCGACAAUAACACACUAACAAAAAAUAAUGAUAAAAAACAUUUUUUUUCGCUUCAAUUCUUUAUCGAGUGCAUGAGGACAUUAUCGAAUUAAAAUGAU